AUGAAACAUGCAAUUGCAGGAAAAGAAUUCUUGCUCUUAAGAACAAUCUUUUACCGAUUAUGCAAAUUAGCCGCUUUACCAUAUCUCGUUCCAGUCUUUGUUUUUGAUGGAUUCUCAAGACCUGCUCUUAAAAGAGGCAAAAAGACGCCCUUCACACGCACGCCAUCGGGAAGGAACCUAUUUGGCAAGCUAGAGAUACAAGUCAAACAACUCGUUGAGGCUUUUGGUUUCGUUCUCUUACAAGCUCCAGGCGAAGCAGAAGCAGACUUAUCCGAUUUGAACAGAAGAGGCUUGAUCGAUGCUAUCUUAAGUGAUGAUAGCGACUGUUUUCUAUUCGGUGCCAAGACUGUAGUCAGGAACUGGGACAAAGCAAAGCAAGGUGACUAUGUCUUCGUGUAUCGAGUGGACGACUUUGCAAAAGGAUUGGAUGCAGCUUCCUGUGUUUUACUGAUUGGAUUACUCGGUGGAGGAGACUACGAUGUGAGCGGUGUACGACAACUUGGAAUACGAACUGCGAUCGGACUUUCAAAAUGUGGCUUUGAUGACCGGCUACUGAAAGCUCCUCCGCGAAUCAAAUCGGAGGGCAAGUGGCAAGAAUUUUUACAGGAAUGGAAAGAUGAUAUGAAAAAAGAGCUUCGCACGAAUGCAAGCGGGAACCUGAGCAGGAAACAAUCCAAACUUGCCAACUCA